AUGCAUUUCAAGGAGGACUUGUCCUUCCCAUUUCGCUUUUUCAAUUUGCUCAUCGAUGCGACCAACUUGUAUUUUAGCCAUUCACAGUCCUUCAUAACUGUAUGCAAUCGUUGCUUUAGCCCUCUUCUAAGCUCGCUUUUCACUCUGCACUCUUUAAUCCCUUCGCUUUCUCUCUCCAGACCGCCUCAUCACAAUCGGCCUCGUGGACGGUUCCCUCUUGAAGCUGGCCACGCCCUCGUCGGACGAGGUCAUCGUUUGGAGGGCUCUUCUCAGACAGCACACGAAGCUGACUGGCUCGCAGGAGGCCAAUUGACGACCGACCCGCCGCCAACGCCUGGCGACUCCUCUUCACUUCGCCCACACCCCACACGGCCUCCAGUUGGUCCGGUCUCGGGCUUGUCUCUUCACCUGCCCACCGGCGCCCAGUUUCCAUUUCCCCUCUUUUCACUAUCCCACACUCCCUCAGAUGAGGAUUGA